AUGAUGGGCCAUCGUCCCGUGCUCGUGCUCAGCCAGAACGUAAAGCGUGAAUCUGGAAGAAAAGUUCAAUCUGGAAACAUCAAUGCCGCCAAGACUAUUGCAGAUAUCAUCCGAACAUGUUUGGGACCCAAGUCUAUGAUGAAGAUGCUUUUGGAUCCAAUGGGAGGCAUUGUGAUGACUAAUGACGGCAAUGCCAUUCUUCGAGAGAUUCAAGUUCAGCACCCAGCAGCCAAGUCCAUGAUUGAAAUUAGCCGGACACAGGAUGAAGAGGUUGGAGAUGGGACCACGUCAGUAAUUAUUCUUGCGGGAGAGAUGCUCUCUGUGGCUGAGCACUUCCUAGAGCAGCAGAUGCACCCAACGGUGGUGAUCAGUGCUUAUCGAAAGGCAUUGGACGAUAUGAUCAACACCCUUAAGAAAAUCAGUACUCCCGUCGACACCAGUAACCGAGAUAUGAUGCUGAACAUCAUCAACAGCUCCAUUACUACCAAAGCAAUCAGUCGGUGGUCCUCUUUGGCUUGCAGCAUUGCCCUGGAUGCUGUCAAAACUGUACAGUUUGAGGAGAACGGUCGGAAGGAGAUUGAUAUCAAGAAAUAUGCAAAGGUGGAAAAGAUUCCUGGGGGUAUUAUUGAAGACUCUUGUGUUUUACGUGGCGUCAUGAUUAACAAAGAUGUGACCCAUCCCCGAAUGCGGCGCUAUAUCAAGAACCCCCGCAUAGUGCUGCUGGAUUCUUCUCUGGAAUACAAGAAAGGAGAGAGCCAGACUGACAUUGAGAUCACACGAGAGGAAGACUUCACCCGAAUCCUCCAAAUGGAAGAAGAAUACAUCCAGCAGCUCUGUGAAGACAUUAUCCAUAUGAAGCCCGAUGUGGUCAUCACUGAAAAGGGCAUCUCAGAUUUAGCUCAGCACUACCUCAUGCGGGCCAAUAUCACAGCCAUCCGCAGAGUCCGGAAGACAGACAAUAAUCGCAUCGCUAGAGCCUGUGGGGCCCGGAUAGUCAGCCGGCCAGAGGAACUGAGAGAAGAAGAUGUUGGAACAGGAGCGGGCCUGUUGGAAAUCAAGAAAAUCGGAGACGAGUACUUUACAUUUAUCACUGAGUGCAAAGACCCCAAAGCCUGUACCAUUCUUCUCCGGGGGGCCAGCAAAGAGAUUCUCUCGGAAGUAGAACGCAACCUCCAGGAUGCCAUGCAGGUGUGCCGCAACGUUCUCCUGGACCCUCAGCUGGUGCCAGGGGGUGGGGCCUGUGAGAUGGCUGUGGCCCAUGCCUUGACAGAAAAAUCCAAGGCCAUGACUGGUGUGGAGCAGUGGCCGUACAGGGCUGUUGCUCAGGCCCUGGAGAUCAUCCCUCGUACCCUUAUCCAGAACUGUGGAGCCAGCACCAUUCGUCUCCUUACCUCUCUUCGGGCCAAGCAUACCCAGGAGAACUGUGAGACCUGGGGUGUAAAUGGUGAAACCGGUACUUUGGUGGACAUGAAAGAACUGGGCAUCUGGGAGCCAUUGGCUGUAAAACUGCAAAUAUAUAAGACGGCAGUGGAGACUGCCGUUCUGCUGCUGCGGAUUGAUGACAUCGUCUCAGGCCACAAAAAGAAGGGCGAUGACCAGAGCCAGCAGUGCGGGCCUCCUGAUGGUGGCCAGGAGUGA